AUGUGGCGACGGACAGCUCGCUAUCUUUGCACGGAGGUUCGCCAGCACUCUGAGCUGUACUUCUCAGGCAUCCAACCAACAGGCGUACCACAUCUCGGGAAUUACUUUGGCUUUAUUGAACCAUGGGUGAAUCUGCGAAAAAGUCUCCCAUCCACAACGAAAAUGAUUCUCGCUAUAGCCGAUCAGCACGCGAUAUCUCUUGGCCCGAAGUCGUCGAGCGAGAAUUUCAAAAUAAUCAAACCUCAUCUAUUUCAUUUCUCUUUACCUUCCUCUCUUGGUCAGAAGAGUUUGGGUAACACCAUGGCCAUCACAUUUACACGAAAACUUCGGGCGAUAAUGGCGUGCAGUCUGUUGGCUUGUGGUGUGGACCCGUCCAGAACGCUGCUGUUUCGUCAGAGCAGUGUCCCACAGAUCUCACAACUUUCUUGGAUUCUCGGGUCGUUGCAAACAGUUGCCCAAUUGCAACGGCUACCACAGUAUAAAGAGAAAGCCACUAAGGUUUCCCGGGGUGAUAUUCCUGUUGGGCUCCUCACCUACCCAAUCCUGCAAGCUGCCGACGUCUUAAUGUUCAAGGCGACUCAUGUUCCGGUCGGUGCCGAUCAGGCUCAACACAUGAAUAUGUUGGCCGAUUUGGCUGACCACUUCAAUGGCUUCUAUAAGAUUCUGUAUUUUCCACGACCUCAACAGGUGGUACAACCAGUCACGUCUCGUCUGCGAAGCUUGCGAGAUCCUUUGAAGAAGAUGAGUAAAUCUGAGAAGAGUGCACGGUCGAGGCUGGAGAUUAGCGACUCAGCCGAGGAGAUUGAGGAGAAAUGCCGAAAAGCGGUCAGUGACACCGAAUCGCGACUCACGUACAGUCCUGACACCCGACCGGCCACCGGCCAUCCAGAUCUUGGUACCCCAGUCACUUCUCCUGAACCAAGAGAAGCUCAUCGAAUGCUUCUCGAUAUUGGAUCCUUGCAGAUUGAUCUCUACCCCCGUGGCUCGUACAGGUCACAGGAUAAUCGUCUGUGA